AUGGGCAAGCCCAGUAUUGCCGACGCAAAGGCCAUCAAGCCCACGGGCUUGACGGAGAUUUACGGUCCACACGACGAUGCUACGAUUGAUAUUGUCUUUGUUCACGGUCUGAAUGGCCACCCUCAUGAUACGUGGACUAGCAAGUCCACCGGUUGCUUUUGGCCAACCGACUUGCUUCCUGACGUUCUUGCCAAGCUGCGUCCGCGAAUCCUCACGUACGGCUAUAACGCCAAUGUCGUGACUUUCACCGAUGGCACCUCGCGGGAUACCGUGGUCAGUCAUGCCGAGACCUUCGCCUCCAGUCUGGCGGCAAACCGGAAUCUCCGAGGCUGCUCGGAGCGGCCACUAAUCUUUAUCUGCCAUUCGUUGGGCGGCCUCAUUGUGAAACGUGCCUUGAUCUACUCCCGGAGUCUCUCAAACGAGAAGACUGAGCAUCUGCGUGCAAUAUACGUAUCGACCUUUGGCAUUCUCUUUCUCGGAACACCUCACAACGGGUCUGAUAUCGCGAAAUGGGGCCUGUUGCUGCAAAAUAUCUGCAACGCUGUUCUGCCGAAGAAGAUUAUGGAAUCGUCUUCGCAGCUUAUCAAGGCCCUGCGGACAAACAAUGAGACUCUUCAGCAUAUCAACAGUCUAUUCGUCGAUAUCAUGGACCGCUUCCACAUCUACUUCUUCCAUGAGACCCGAUCCACUGAUGUGCGUGGUACUCGAGAGGUGAUCGUGGACGAGUACUCGGCUGCGCCGUACAUGGCGGGCGUCGAGCGUGCGGGAAUAGAAGCCGAUCACAGCCAUAUGUGCAAGUUUGACGAUGAGAACGCCCCAGGCUAUGAGGUUGUAGCAGAAGCUGUUCUGCGGUAUUCAUCCCAGGCUCCUGCUGUUAUCGCAGAUCGCUGGGUGGCAGAGAAGAACUUUCGUGUUCAAGAAAAGAAGAAUAAAGCGAGAGAGAUUUAUGACGCAAGGGUAGAGGACCCCCCGAAUCGAAGCAUGCCCGACUUGAACAGAACAGGUAGGGCUCUCCCUGCACCGGAAGAGAUUGUCACGUUGAGGGACUAUGAGAUUGAGGAGCCUGCUUAUCGAGAGGUUAUGGACCCGGCCGUUUAUGAUGAAUUACGCGAAUAUCUACCAUCUUUGCCGCGUGCGCCUGCCACUGAAGGCAGGAACUCCCCAGUAUCAGAUUUGGAGAAUAGUGGAAUACUCCAGCUUUCGCGCCAUUCUAUCAGAGAUCAGCCUCUCUUUGUGGCCCCCCCGGGCUUUCAUCCCAAUGAUACGUUCUUCGGAAUGAAGAAAGAGCUCGAAGUGCUCCACGUUCGCUUGUUCAAAGCGAAGGCGCGUCUAGAAAAUACAAUGUCUGUUUUAAUCUUUGGCGUCCCAGGCGCUGGGAAGACACAUCUAGCGCGCCAGUACGUGUUCGCUAAGCGCGACUGCUACCCUGGUGGGAUCUUCUGGGUCGACGCGAAGUCUCGCGAGUCCUUGUAUAAGUGCUUCUGGGAGAUUGCGCAAGCAGCCACACUGGUCGAGCCUAAGCUCUCUCCUGCAUAUCAUGAAACACAGAGAUACGUGAACGCGGUUCGCAGCUGGCUCCAGUCCCGAAAAAAUUGGCUCCUGGUCUUCGAUGGUAUGACGUUUGAUUACGAUGAAGAUAUCAACAAGUUCAGAGAUAUCUUGCCUUGGAGCAAGCAAUGUAGUAUUCUCUACACUUCAGUUGACAAAACGCUUCGGAAAAAGGCACGAUUGUACGAACCUUACGGCCUGGAGAUCUCGCCUCUGCAUGUGGAAGACGCUUGCAAGCUUCUGUUCAAGGAUCUGGGAAUCAAAAUACCGACACCCCGGCAAAAAAGAAAGGCCAUCCGUAUCGUGGAAUACUUCGAAUGUCUGCCUUUGGCGAUCCGUGCCGUUGGACAUCGUCUCAAGGCAACGGGUAAACCAAUCGAAAAAUAUCGGUUUAAAUCCCAGCUUACCGACAAGAAGCUUGCGGAGCCAUUUUUGGGUAUCAUGGGUGAUCUGUUUCGAUUGCAGAAAAGUCAGGCGCUGCAUUUGAUCAAUCUUCUCUCGUUUCUCGGCCACCAGGUACCAGUAGGUCUUUUGGAUCUUGGCCGAGUUGCUAUGACCAACGAGAACCUGGAGAUCCAGACCAGUGCCCAACUAGGCGAUGAACCUGAUCUGGAUACCACUCUGGGGACACUUAUCCGCCAUGGGCUGAUCGAGCGGACUUCCGCCAGCGGGAUUCUCGGGACGAGGUCUUUCGUGCAACCUUGUGAUGACGAUGAUGGGAGCCCAGAAGCAAAGAAGGCACUUGAAACCUCCCACUCUUCCACGGAGAGCAGCCAAGAAGAGCUUUUCUCGAUGUACCAACAUCAAUCGGCGGUUGAUGUCGUCAAGAUCCACAGCGUGGUGCAGGGAUUCUGCCGUGAUGAGUUGCGCAUCAGAGACGAAGAGAGCAAGGGUAUCAUGAACCCAAGUGACCCUGGCUGUUACGAUGCUUGGUUGAUUGUUGCCACUCGCUUUCUCACCACCUCGUAUGAAGCCGCCGUUGAACGCAUGGCUCAGGACGAAACGUGCGGCCUUGUCCGUGACCACCGUGAGUACGAGACACAUGCCUCACGGCUCCUUGAGUUGUUUCCAAAGAAACCGGCCAUGAAUUCACACCCACACAUUGUUGGCGUGACACGAGAUGGUUUGCGGAAUUUAAUGAAAACCAUCAGCAGGGAAAUAGAGUCCCUAUCUCCGAGCUCCUCGCAAGAUUUCACACGGCAAAGGUCCGUGUUUGACCGUUCAAGUAGCUCUUCGUCAUCGUCCCCUGGUUCUCCGACGGAAGCAGAAGAUGUAUCGCCGCGCCGGGACACAUUCGACUCGAGUGCUCCAGGGUCACCUCGAGCGGAACCCCCCGAGUCCGACCAACUGGCUCAGCCAGCUCCGCGCUUUGCAAUCGAACUAUUCCCACCCCAUGUGUUCAAUCAGGCUGGAACUGACGAUGAAUCAGAAGAGGGCUAUGAGUCCGAUGCAGAAGUAAUAGCGGAGGGAAUGCCCGGAAUGCAGAUAAGCCACACCACGGAGAAACCAGAUGAACCACCUCCCCCGCCGAUCUCUCCGCCAGCCAGUGGUUUGUCCGAAUGGCAUCUGGUCGAUCGAGAUUCCAAGCGAAUGUCAGGCAACGAGGACAAACAGAAGCAACGCAACAAGGGCCUGCGACCGUUCCGAUGUGGCCAAUCGGACACGCCAUUGGUGGGGCUCUCUUCGGUUCAUGGAAAAGGGUCAACAAGUCGCACAUCUGCAAAGGAGAUAGGGAACUCGUCGGUGUUCGCCUCACAGGCCAAACAGGCGCUGGCAGCAGUGCGUCGGUCUAGUAACCCUCAACUGCCCCCUGAAGCUCCAGAGGCUGUAUCGAAUAAAGAAAACAAGCCAACAUAUGCGAAUGUGGCAUCCCGCCAGAUACUCAAGGCAGAGUCUGCACCGAUGCGCCCACCAUCUGCUCCUAUCAUCCGGACUGUGGACUCAGCAAGUGGCUUGCAGGUGAAACUCUCUACUGAGUCUCUCGACAGUGAGGUGCUCAUCCCCAUUUUGUCCCCGCCUUCCCAUGGGCUAGACAACGAAACGAGGAGCGAGUCUCUGGGUCGAUCGACCUUCAGUGACCCGGAAUCUUUCCAUGGAUACUAUAGCGGUCCUGACUUUCACACUGCACCUGGAAGCCGGAGUGAGUCACGGCGCGGCUCCUUGGCACCUCUCGAGGUUCCAUCACUUAUGUCUGCAAGUGUGCCGUGUCUCAUUCCAUAUCAACAGCGCUCUUCAUACGAUGAGAAAAUCCCCGUCGCCUCUCCCAGUCGCAGAGCAUCGGCCCAGCUAUCACCAUUCAUCCAAUCACGACCCUUGAGGCCCUCUCCAGCACCUGCUCAUCCAUCGGCCAUUAUGCCAGGACCGUUAUCUCGACCGCUUCAACCCAACAUGACAGUGGGAUCUGCACAAGAGCAGACGAUACCAACUCCUGAGCCGUCGGCGCGUAACUCGCCGGGGUACUCCCCGCCAUCAUGGAGCAUAGAGCCGGAGCGACAUCCGGGGCAAUUCUCACCACCAACUCCGGGCUUCCAAGGAACCCCCGAGGCGGUCCCCGGUGUGUCAAGGAUGCAACAGCAGCAGCUCACCACCGGGCCCACUAUCUGGACUGUCAGGAGACAGGAAACGCCUAAUGCGACCCAGCCCGAUUCGAUGUACCUCGGUUCCCCAACAGAACACGGCUCAUUGGAUGAGCGAGUAAAUACGAUCGACCGCGGCUGGGCCCCAGCAGCUGGCUCCCCGACAGAACUCGGCUCAUUGGACGAGAUUGUGAAUACGAUUGACCGCGGCUGGGCCCCAGCAGCUGGCUCCCCGACAGAACUCGGCUCAUUGGACGAGAUUGUGAAUACGAUUGACCGCGGCUGGGCCCCAGCAGCUGGAUCCGGGCAAUUCAUACACUUCGGCGGACACCGCGUUGAUGUUCGAGAAGCACGGCAAAGGAGGUAUGGUUUAGUCCAACAUGAGGGCCAAGUCCAUGUCUCCCCAUCCCCGCCGAUAGUAUGGAGGCGUCGACGUCGACGGGGUAGGAGCUCACCCGCGCGUCCUGAUUUGGCUGGUCCGGAGCUACCGAGUGUAUCGAGUUCGUGGUGGUGGUGA